AUGGUGAACUUUUGUUUGGUUGGUGAUUCUGAGCUUUGCGAAGAUGUUCUUGCACCAGAUAAGGAUUCUGCUGAUACCAGUUGGCCAACUGGUGGAAAAUUUAAGCAUGAUAGGUCAAACAUGAAGAAGGUGGCACAGAUAUAUUAUUUAGAGUUGUUGUAUGUAUUUGCAGAAGUUGAUGUAACAGAAGAGUUUCUUGAGAGUAUAGAAAAUGAAAAGCAUAUUCAAACAGAUGGAAUCUGA